AGCAUCCUCAUCCCUUUUUCCCUCUCCUCGUUCUCUGCCUUUCAUUCUCCCUCCCUCGCUUUCCACUGCACCGCUCAGAAGCCAGCCUAAGCAGCAUGUUAGCAAGCCUGUUCUAGACAGAUCACUGUGGCCAGUUCUGGCUACUGUUCAAGCUCUCUGAUGUACCAGGAGGCUGCAGACUCAGUCCUUCAGGGCCUUGGUGGGCCGUGCCCUGCUGGCACCUGCCAAACCCAGGAAGCCCCUGUUGUGUGGACACCAAAGAGACAGAGCAUCUCUGACCACACAAUUGGCAAGGACCUCCAGAACACGAGGACAGGUCAAAGGCAAAAUAGAGGGAUGAGGACCCGCCUAGGUUGUCUGUCUCACAAAUCAGAUUCAUGCAGCGACUUCACAGCUAUCCUUCCGGACAAAUCCAACCGAGCUUUGAAAAGGUUAUCGACAGAAGAAACUACAAGAUGGGCAGAUUCCUUUGAUGUUCUGCUGUCCCAUAAAUAUGGAGUGGCUGCAUUUCGGGCCUUCCUGAAGACGGAAUUUAGUGAGGAAAAUCUGGAAUUCUGGCUGGCCUGUGAGGAGUUUAAAAAGACACGCUCAACUGCUAAACUGGCUUCCAAAGCCCAGAGGAUUUUUGAGGAAUUCAUCGAUGUGCAAGCACCACGAGAGGUGAAUAUAGACUUCCAGACACGGGAAGUGACAAGAAGGAACAUACAAGAGCCGUCACCAUCCUGCUUUGACCAGGCCCAGGGGAAAAUCCACAGCCUCAUGGAAAAAGACUCUUACCCCAGGUUCCUGAGGUCCAAAAUCUACACAGACCUGCUGUCGCAAUCCCAGAGAAGGCUCAGCUAGGGCAGGGAGGAAGGGGGAUUCCCUCCCUUAGACACCGUGAGCUUCCUGCACCAGCCAAAUCCAUCCCCAUCUGUGAGAUUUCAUUGGUGUUGUCACAGCAGAAGAAGGCGAACAGGGAAAGGAAGAAGCAUGGAGAAGCGAGGGAAGGGUAUGUGUGGAAAACACGUGCUCUUUCUGGUUUCCAGUUUGCGCAUUAGCACACCUUUGUAUUUAAAACAUACCUGCCUACAUGAGACCCAUUGUAGUUGAUGGUCUUCUUCAAGAGGAUAAAGUCUGGUCUAUGUUUUAUGCUAAAUCCAAUUAACACAAAGAUGGGUUUCCUGAAUUGUUUCUACAUCAGGCUUUUCUGUAAAUAAUGCUUUGACCUGAGCAGUCAAAGCUGAUCCAAAAUGAGUAGCUGCAGGAUCAGGGCCUUGUGUUUCCAGAGAGUCCAUGAAUCAAUGGCCAGAGGUUUCAGGCACCAGGCAAAAAGAACGGGCCAAGACAUAGUCUUGCACUCAUCAGAGUCAAAGCCAAGAGAAAGCAUGAAGAAGGGAGAAGGCAGAUGCUUCAGGAAGAUAUUAGAGUGCUGGACAAAGCUAAAUGCUACAUGUUGCUCAGGCAUAAAUGCACACCUGGAAUCAUCUGUAGGCCUGCCAGUAGACCUGAGCCUUUAAAUGGUAAUACUGUAAUAUGGAGCAUUGCUCAGUGGUAGGGCAUCUGCUUUGCAUGCUGAAAUUUCCAGGUUCAGUUCCUAGCAUUUCCAG